UCUCCGGGUUUGCAAAGUCAUCGCAGGGUCACUUUCAUGCUUAGAAAUGUUUGCCAGGCAGGAAAGGGAUGUACAGCCAAGUCUUUGUUUCGCACCAGCUCUUUGUUUUUUCUGCUCCUUCUAUACUAAUACUACUAGAGGUCACUAGAUGGCCAUUUCCAAAUUUCUUCCAAGCAAGAAAAGAUAGGGCACAAACUUCUGCACACAUGUCUCUUUCGGUUUAUACAACCUCAUAUUCAACUCUUUCAUAAAAGAAAAUAAUAACACGGCUUCAAUUGGAGAAGUAAGAUGAAGACUCACAGUGUCCUUGGGCGAGUCCUCUGAGAAGUUUCAGAUAUAUAUAGCUUCACCCAGCUUUAGCAAUUGAUCCAUUGCAGUCCUGUAUUCCUCAAGAGGCGCAAAGGCCAGGGGGUUCUCAAACACAAAUACAUGGAGGUAAUAUUUUCUGCUGCCAUUGGUGAGCUUGCCAGUAGAUCCAUAUCUUUCCUGCUGGACGGAUACUUGAAGCAGCGGACGGCUGCGACAACUGAGGAGGAGAGGCUGCACAGCCUGCAACGGCUCCUACUGCGGCUUCAUGUCGUCGUCGAGGAGGCAGAUCACCGGCUCAUCACAAACCAGGCCAUGCUGCGGCAACUCAGCAUACUGAAAAAGGAGAUGUACAGAGGAUAUUACACCCUCGACGUCUUCAGUUGCCGAGCUCAUGGAGAAGGAAAGACAAAAGAUCAUGAAGUCAACUACUCUUUUGCCCCAUCUAUGUUCAACCCUGCAAAGCGUGUAUGUUUCUGCAGAGGCAACAGUGAAGGUGCAACACAAGCUGAGCUGCUGGAGCAAGUUCUUGGCAGCAUAAGGAACACCAUUGAAGAUGUGGGUGAGUUCAUCAUGUUUCUAAACAGAUGUCCACGUUUGACCCGCCAACCCUACAGCAUGUAUAUUCUGCUGAACAAGUGCAUGUUCGGACGCCAAAUGGAGAUGGAACAUAUUAUUAACUUCCUGUUGCAGGCGGAGACUGCUCCCGGUGCCGCUGGUAAUCCGGCUGUCCUGCCGCUCAUCGGUCCCGGAAAAGUUGGAAAGAGCACCCUGAUCGAGCAUGUGUGCGAUGAUGAAAGGGUGCGCAACCACUUCUUUCAGAUUUUGUGUUUCAGUGGAGAUGAUCUAAAAGAUGCAAGUGUAGAGACCCUAAAAGAUGGAGGUAGAAUCAAGCAUCAAAACCGUGGCAUGGGCGGUGGAAGGACAUUGAUCAUCAUUGAGCUAUUUCUGGAUAUCGACAAGUCUGAAUGGAAAAGGUUGUAUUCAGCUGCGAGAAGUUGCAUCGGAAAGGGCAGUAAGAUCAUAAUCAUGAGCCGGUCCGACAAGAUUGCAAACUUUGGAACCACAGUACCCCUCAGAUUACAGUUCUUUACUCAAGAAGCAUACUGGUACUUCUUCAAGGUGCAUGCUUUUGGGAGCACAAGCGCCGAGGACCACCCGAAGCUCGCAGCAAUGGCCAUGGAGAUGGCCAGGCUGAUGAAUGGGUGCUUCAUGGCUGCAACCAUUUUCAGUGGACUACUGAAAGCAAAUUUUAACCCCCGUUUCUGGAGCAUGGCUCUUGCAUUCCUCAGGAAUAUGAUACAGACAAAUUUUUCGCUGUAUGGUGAACAUUUCACUGAUCCUUGGCAGAUGGCAGAGCCGGUAUAUCUUAGGAGAGCAAAGGGAACUUCCUCUGAAUGCUUGGUGAUGUUUGGUGAGACAUGUUCUGCUGAAACCGGACCUGAAGAUCCUGAGAUGAUGAGCAUGCAAGAUCUUCUAUUUGGAAGUGUCAGGCCUCGUGGGAAAUUCAAGGUCCAUGCAUGGACAUCUCACCUGCCGCCUCACUACAACUACAUUGUUCACUGUGAGAUACGGAGGCCACAUCGCAUGGUUAUAAAGACCGACCGCUUUUAGAAUAGUAGCUGCUGAUCAAUUGUCUAAUAUUUCAUCAACCGAUGAUUUGAAUUGCACUCAUCCAACGCUCGAAGCUCAUGCAUGGUUUAUGAUAGAGCUGUUACUGUUUUCCUUACUGAAUACCAUAUUUUCUCUUCUUUUAUCUUGUGUGCUGACUAGUGAGAAGCCGUACAGGUUUCUUUCACCAUUUAGACUCCACCCCAGCAUCAACAGAUCUUGUUAUGAUUAUUCUUCUUAUUGAAAGUAUUUAUCUAGUACGUGUUGCUGUGUAAGUAGUUAUAGUAAAACUACUCCUGUAUUAGUCAGUUUGUUUGCUGGUCUAAGAAAAGAGUCCCACAGUUUGUUGGUCUUAGGUCUUUGGCAGGCUGUGAAUACCUUUAUCUGUCAAAAGAGCAGAAAGAAAAUUCCUUGUUCUGGGUGUCUGGCUAUCAAAGCAGGCUGUGCCCAUAAGGUCGUAACUUCGGUCAUGAUCGCUUCGGUUUGCAAGUCAUUGCAGGGUCAGUUUCAUGCUUAGAAAUGUUUGCCAUGCAGGAAAGGGAUAUGCACUCUCCGACGUUAGGUUCAGUAGGAAAGAAGUCUUCAUGGGAU